AUGUCUCACGCGCAACCAGCAGCAAAGUUAGAGCGCGAAAAGAAGUUGAAGGCGGUUCUGACAUUCGCGUCAACUCUCAGCGAACGCAUCGAAACUGGUAACAAUGACGCGACGCUCAUCAGUGAACUCCAAACGCAGAUGCGCGGCCUCCCUCUCCAAGCCUCAUCUACCCUCACCGCGAAGCAAGAUGAACUCGAUAAACUAGGAACUGAGCUCUGGAACCAAGCUACACGCUUACGCCGCAAAGACGAAUCUGACAUCGAUGCAAAAUCGGAAGAUGCGACAGCGCACAAGUUUCACAUUCUGCCUUUUCUGCGUGCUUACGCGUUCAUGCUGCUCGAUUCAGCUGGCGGCCGGGGUCCGAAGGGGCGGCAAAGGAAGAACUGUAUUCGACUGAUCAAGGUUGCCCUGAAGACGGCCAGAGUAUGCAUUGAGGGGAAUGAACUGGGCAUUGCAACAAAAGUUCUUGAACGCGCCGCCGAUUACGAAGAUGUUUUGGGUAAGCGGGACGAAGGUGGGGACGAGAGAGACGGGGAGCUUGCAGAUGGGUUCAGGGCGCAGUAUUUUGCUGUGCGUACAACUCUGGCAUGGCGUAGUGGUCGUAUGGACAUGGCAGAGCACAUGUUUAGGAAGUGUAAAGAGUUUGGGAAAAGCUUCAACGCUACCACGACUGAGCAGCUUGCUGAUCUACUGUAUGAGAUUGGAAAAGCCGCCCUUGCGAAGCGCGAUUACGAGAUUGCCGCGAGGUGGUUAGAACGCGCCUUUGAUGUCCUUGGAGAGCAAGAUCUGGACAUGCUCAGCCCCGAGAUUGGUGAGCUGAGACUUAGCAUCAUGCAGAGUCUUGUCAACGCAUAUAUGAAGACCAAGACCAUGGAAACACAAGAGAAGGCAUGGCAAAUGAUGAGGUUGAUGGAAACCGACUUUGGAGACAAAAUGAUGGUGUCCUUGCUGAAGAUCGAACUCUUAUCCGAAGCUCAAACUUUCGACACAACCGAGUUCUACAACGUCCUUUUGCGCAUGAUACGCACCGUUGUGCUGAAUGACACAAAUUUCAAGACCAUCAUGCAUUACAUACACAAGCUGAAAGAUCACAGCAACACCACCGCCUGCAAAGCGCUCGAGGAUUUAAUCGACGUUCGGCUCUUUCGAGAAGAAAACCAGUCCUGGAUCGAAAAAGCUGUCAUCACACGUAUCUGGAUUGGAACAAACAAUAAUCUCGCUGACAAUACGCUCGAGCAGCUCCAGGAGCUCUUCGAUACCGUCGAUCAGAACUCGAAGAUUCGCCUUUCUGCUCCUGCCACACAUGCUGCGCAGACUUUGUUGUGGAAGAAAGCUCAAAGUGCGGGGAACAAGAGGCAGGCCAUUCGUGCUCUGGAGAAGGUGCUUGAAAAGUACGAGCAUAAUGCGCUAGCAGAGAUCAAUCUUCCUGCGCUAUUGCGGUCUGCCACUCGUAUGCUAGAGUCUGAACUUAUCAAGGACGGCAAGAUUGACACCGGUGUUUUGAGACAGAUUUGCAAUGUCUUCGAAGGAGCAUGCCUUCAAGCUAAAGCGUCCCGUACGAGGCCGAGCACACCGGCUAAAGAACUGUUUACAGCCGUGGAAUUUGAAUGGUUCUCCAAGAAUGCUUAUAACAUAUCGCUCAAGUACUGUGCGGAGAUGCCACCAGGGUCUCUGGUCAGGUUGCUGAGCUGCUGUAUCGAGUUCAUCAAACUGCUCAAGGGGAAGACCCAGCCAGAGGCAGACGGUGACCUCUGCCUCCGACUAGUGUUCUGCGAAUUCCUCGCUGCAUGCACCUACACCACUCUGGCACGCGCAGAGGAUAACACUGAGCAGAGCAUUCAUUACUACCUGGAGACCCGCAAACACAGUCAAGAAUUUCGACAAGCUGCAGCAGAAGGUAUAGACAAACUCAGUGGACCGUCUCAAGCCGACAUUAUUUCCAAACACCUCCAAGUUGUCAAGCUGGAGCUUGAAGCUGUGCUCAAGCUUCAAAGAUGGGAUGAACUCGACAAGCUUUUCGACCAAUGUUGGAAGUACAAGAGUCCAGACCACUACGAAACGUUGGCAGAUCUUGUCCUGGUUAUACAUGGGUGCAUUCUGAAAGCGGGCGUAGAUAAGAAGUACCAGACAAAAGUACUGUCUGUUCUUGAGAAGAUCAUCAAUCUGACGUGCCGACAACCAAACCGGGACAUAACGAAGCUGGCUCGUUGGCUCCGGUGCCUGUUCAAUAUUUCACUUGAGCAUGACGAGAAAGCCAGUCUCAAGUGCAUUGAGCAAGUAACGCACAUGGCAGCGAAGCAGCAAAACACCGUCCAUUCUAUCACUGCAAAAGUUGGACUGCACACACCAUCGCUAUCAUCUGACCCUGCGAAGAACGCAGACGCUGCAGACCCGGCUGAUGAUUACAUCAAGGAACUCGAGCGCUACCCCAAGACAGAGCUCGAAUGGCUUGCAUGCACCCUCUUCAAUCGUGCCGUGGACUAUUAUUUGCAGGAGAAUGACGAUGCGACAAGAAAAUGGGCAGAUCAGGCGUUCCUUGUAGCACAGUGUAUUGAUGAUGGCGGUGCGACAAGGAAUAACUUGAUGAGUCGGUUCGCAAGGCUGGAGUUUGGAGAGUAA